ACCAGCUGAGUGCAGGCAGCACAAUCAACGACAGCAGCUGUGGCGGCACGGCUUCACUUCAUGUAACAUAUUCUCUUCGCAAAUGUGAGGGAAAGGGUGGCAAACAUGAGCCCCAAGCAGACAGCAAAGGUAACGACGCAGGCACGGCAUUUGACGAGGAGGCCGUACAAGUGGACGAAAUCCGGUUGCCGGACCUGCAAAAUCCGCAAGGUCCGCUGCGACGAGACUUGGCCGACGUGCCGCAAUUGCAACAGCACAGGCCGGCGCUGCGAUGGCGUGGCCUCCGCUCAGAGCGCCGCCGCGCCGAGCACGCCGUUCCUGACGUUCACUGCGCCGCUGACGCUCUCGCACUUUCGGCCCGCGCAGGCCAGCGGCGCCGAGCUCGGCGAGCACGGAGACGGCGCGUACCUGGACCUGUUCCGGCGGGAGCUCGUCGCCUGCAUCGUCGGCGGGCGCUCGGCGUGGCGGCGGCUCGUGCUGCAGGCGGUGCAAGAGGAGCCGGCGCUGGGCCAUGCGGCGGUCGCGUUUAGCGCCCUGCAGAGGGCGAGGGCGGCCUCGUCGUCUGGCGAGGGAAUCGAGGGCCCUGCGUGUGCGUCGCCGUCGCUCUCGUCGGGCGAGGUGCGGCUCGCGAUGCGGCACUACGACCGGUGUAUCCGGGAGAUGCAGCGCGUGGUUGGCCGCGGGAGCGGCGACAGCCGGAGUGUGAAUGUCGCGUUGCUGUGUACGGUGAUGUGUAUAGGCUUUGAGCUGUGUAUGCAUGAGCCGCUCAUUGCGCUGAGCCAUCUGGAGCAUGGGCUGAACAUAGCCAUCUCGAACCACCCAUAUGUCGACGCCGAUCUCGCGCUGGCGUUGUCGAGGCUCGACCUGCAGGCCGCCAUCUUCCUCGGCAGGCGAUCCCCCACGCUCGACGCCGCCCACGUCUCCUCCUACUCACUGUCUACUGAAGGCGGCUAUCAAGCCGCAGACCGGGACCUGACUUGUCUAACGAGCCGCCUGUUCAGCUUCAUGAGGACCAUGGCCGACGACUUUCGGUAUCGCGAGCCGGGGUCAGUGCCGCUGCAUGUUGCCGCUGAGGCCGGUAAGCUGGAGGACGAUCUCGCAGCGUUCCGGGACAGAAAUCUCGCGCCUGGGACGGCAUUUAUGGAACGUGGUCUGCUGGAGGAAACGAUCUUGAUCCGCGUCAAGUACCUCAGCGCGAGCAUCCUCCUGGCCACGUGCCUCGCCGCCGAAGAAGGCAUAUACGACCGCUUCACGGCGCAGUUCGCCGACAUUGUGACGCUCUGUGCCAGUCUGCUAGACGGCCCGCAGCGGAAAAUAACGCCCGGCCAUUGCGGCUUCGCGCUGGACAUGGGCGUCGUGCACUCGCUGUUCGUGACGGCGUGCAAGUGCCGACACCCGGGGGUCCGGCGGCGCGCUGUGGCACUGCUGGACGCCGUGCCGGGGGCGGAGGGCGUGUGGGAGGGCAAGCAGCAUGCGCGUAUCGGAGAGAGGGUGACGCAGCUCGAGGAGUGCGGCCUCGACCUGGACCUGGACCUCGACCGGGACCUGGACCUCGACCUUGGGCUGAAGCCGUCGACUGACCCUUCGGACACGAACCCUACAAGUUGGGCAGCAGCGUGGGAUCCGUCCCGGGUUCCGGAGUGGCGGCGAAUUCACUCGGUGGACAUAGACCCCCAGAUUGACCUGCGGUGCGCGCAGGUGUGCUUCCGGUGGCGGCCGAACGGCAUGGAUGGGGAGUGGGACGAUUUCGCGGAGGUGAUAACGUGGUGAUGGAGUUGAAGGGAUCGCAUAGUGCCACACUGCCACUACAAAGCAGAUCAUGUAGGAUAUAUAAUGUGGCGGCUCAGUCUGUACUCCAACAAAGCCGUACGAUGGUUCAUUCGAG